CCAAAAAUCUUAUCCAGAAUAGGACGAAAAUGGGACAAAGAUAGUAAACAGAGAAGAGAUAUAGAGGAUGAGAUAGAUAGAUUAUUAUUUGGUACAAGCAACACUCUUCCCAUUUCUCAUCUUUUAAUUAAUGUUGCAAUAACGAACCCCAUAUAUCGAAAAUGGAACUACACUCCUGCAUUCACCCUCUUCCCUGCACUCCUUCCACCGGAAUUUUGGUCUCCGGCGGUCGUACGGAAGCUAAAUUUGCUGCCAACCCCAGAAAGCUUCAUUCUUUAACGCUGAAUUCUGUCCCAUUUUCUUCUAAAGAUUACAACUUGGGCAGAAGCAGCUCUACAGAUUUUUCUAGGAUGGCUAUUGGCUCGGAUGUAAGUGAAGAUACAGAUGACAUGUUUGAUGAUCUCCUAAAGAAACAUGGGAAAGUGGUCUACAGAAGAAAUGACCAAAAACCUGCAACUGAGGAGAUUGAUGAUGAUGCUGAAAGCCUAUCCUUUGCAGUGGCUGUGGCUAAAGUUGCAAGUGACGUGAAGGCUGGAGAUAUAAAGGUUCUCUUUGUCAAGCCUCUAGUAUAUUGGACUCGGUUUUUCAUUAUUGCUACUGCAUUCUCUCGCCCACAGAUUGAUGCCAUUGGGACCAGAAUAAGAGAUAUGGCUGAGGUACAAUAUGGAAGAGUUGCAUCUGGAGAUUUCAAACCCAACUCGUGGACGCUACUAGACUUUGGUGAUGUUGUUGUUCAUAUAUUUCUUCCUCAGCAGCGUGAGUACUACAACCUGGAAGAAUUCUAUGGCAAUGCAGCGCCCAUCGAACUACCAUUUGAGAACCAACAAUUGCGGGGAUCUAAAGGUUAUUAAAGUCCCAAGAUUCUGGCCUCAUGGUGAUCGACAGAAAUUGUUAGCAAAUUAAGAGGCAGUUGCAGUGUUCCCCUGAAAACUGACACGAAGUGAUUAACAUGUUGGGGGGUCAUUCUGCUGGUCCACCCGUUGUAAUAUUUUUUAUCAGGAACAAUGUAAUUGCUCUUGUAGAACACAGUUUUAUACUUGCGUUUGCUCUAGAAAUAUCUAGUGAAGAAAGAGUUUACUUGCAUUCUUUUUUUUUUCUGAACUAAAUUGGGUGUCAAAGUUCGGGCUCAUUGUCUCAUCCUACAACA